GCCAACCCUCUUGAGUUGACCCAGAGCAUCUAGAUAUACAGAUACAGGCUAUAGGAUUAAAUCCACGAGGACGGCCCAAACCAUCUCUUGCAGGCCUUGAUAUCACACCUUCAUUAACUCCCGUGCACGCGAGUUUCCCCGAAUUCUGAACAGAAACCCUUUCCAUUUCAGUACCCUGCUCCUGCUAGGAAAGUUUCACCGUAUCUUCGUCUCAUUUUCUCGCCCAAAUUCAUUUUAUUUCGUUUUAUUUUCUUCAAAUUUUCAAUUCAUCAAAAGCUCUCAAGAAUCGCAAUAGUCAGUAAGCCAUGCCCACCAACGAAAACUUCUCAGGUGUUUGGAAUUGCUAUGUUUUCAAGAGCCGAUUGCAGGAGUAUGCGCAGAAAAUGGGUCUUCCUACUCCCGUAUUUGAGACUAUCAAGGAAGGCCCUUCCCAUGAACCAUCAUUCAGAUCAACAGUGAUAGUAAAUGAUGUUAAAUAUGAGUCGCUGCCCGGAUUUUUUAACCGCAAGGCCGCAGAGCAGUCUGCUGCUGAAGUUGCUCUCACGGAGUUGUUAAAGGCUGGUGAAGUUAAUGAAAGCAUCUCUCAACCUGUUCAUGAGACAGGCUUGUGCAAAAAUCUACUGCAGGAGUACGCACAGAAGAUGAAUUAUGCAAUUCCAGUAUAUAAGUGUCAGAAGGAUGAAGCACCAGGGCGAUUGCCUCACUUUUCAUGUAAAGUUGAGAUUGGAGGCAUUCGGUAUAUUGGAGCUGCAGCAAAAACUAAAAAAGAGGCAGAGAUCAAAGCUGCCAGAACCGCUCUACUGGCUAUUCAGUCAAGUACAUCAGAAUCAUCUGAUAACGCACUUGGCAACUUUCAGCUAACGGUUAUUCCUUGCAGAAAGAGGGCAAUGGAGACAGCUAGUAAUCCUGAUGAGUCUGUGAAUGUUCCUAAGGCUAAGAAAACCCGAUUCAAGAAGAAAAUGUUGAAAACAAAACUUGCUGGGAACAACUCUGAUCAUUCUCAAGACAAAACUACUGGCAAUUUGGUCAUCGGUUCAGAUGAUCUGCCAAAAUCAGAAUGGGUUCAAACUGAUUCUUUUAUCGUGAGCUCAGAAACUUUAGGUACAGAAGUCAUGAGGAAUCUCCAGGAUACAAAGAUAGAGAGUGACUUGAGUGAGCAAAAAAAGCCUUCUGCAGAGGUUGCAUUGGCUCCCCAGCUUGCUGAUAAUUCUCAAAAUGGGCAGUUAAUAGCUGUGAAUUCUAUUCAUAGCAAUCCUGAGGUUCCAGAUGAGGAAAAUAACUCCUUGUUUUAUGAUGAUCUAACUGAUUUGGUUAAAUUGACUGACGGGGAUGAGCUGGCUUCAAUGGUUAAUGAUCCAACUCAGAGUCAGAUGGAGGCUUCAAAAAUCAUGCCUGGCUUAAACCAAGCAGUGGAGAGGAUCCAUGCAAAUGCUGGCCAAGCAUAGGGCCUGGAAAAAGCAGAUGCUGGCUUGAUCAUCUGGAUUUAAUUUUGCAAUUAGAGAAACCAUGGAGGGAACAGGGCAAAUCAGGACUCCUAGUAGAUUUCUUUACAGACAUCUAGAGAAUUUUGCACGAUUAGUAGAUUAGAGUUGCUGUUAUCUGCUUCAAUGUUUUUAAUGUAAAUUGGGAACUUUGGAGCAGGAUCCACAUGAGUACUGUUGUUAUGGUUCAAAUGUCUGCAUUUGAACAUUUUGAAGAAUGAAGAGCAGCUUGAAUUGUGUCUAUUAUCCUAUAUAUAUAUAUAUAUAUCUGUGAAGAUAGUGAACCCUUUUCUGAAUCUUCCAUUUGGAGUGCUUGACCUCCCUUGCAUGAACCAACUAAUCAUAUGCUAUUGCUAUGUGCCAAGCAAUAUUGCUGGCGAUAAAGUUAUUUGUCUCCUCCAAACCCUGUAUGCACCCCAGCCAAAAAGCAUGUGAGCAAUUAAAAUGUUUUGGCAAAGGUCUAUUAGAAAAGUUAUUAAAGGUGUUGCAGUUGAUAAACUUAUUAUGAUUCAUGUACCUUGAACAUUAUAUUGGUUGUGACAAAAAAAAAACUGUUUUUCUUAUUUCAUGAGUUCAACUCCAGUUGUGUACUUUGUAUUCACCAAAUUUUGUU